AAGAUGAGGCGGUGUUGCAUUCCGGAACAAUUAUCCUGUGGGACAUAGCUGAUAUCGUGACGUGGUUGGAGUGAUAGAAAUAAACUACAUUAGUGAACGAUCUGUAGUUAUGGACUAAUUCAGUUGGUAUUUUACUCUCAACAUAUGUCAAACAGUGCAGUCUUGUCUGGCAGGCAUUGAGACCUCUUGGCAUUGUGGUUGUUGUUGAUUUGAGGCUUCUGCGCGGGGACACGCCUUUCAUCCCUAGCGCGGUGACUCUCUGUCCCUGCGUCAUCAUGAAGCUGUACAGCCUCAGCGUCCUCCACAAAGGAGCGACAAAAUCCAACCUCCUUAAAUCUGCCUAUGACCUAUCCUCCUUUAGCUUCUUCCAACGCUCCAGUGUCCAAGAGUUCAUGACCUUCACCAGCGCCUUGAUUGUGGAGCGUUCUGCACACGGCAGCCGAGCCUCAGUCAAAGAACAAGAGUACCUGUGCCACGUGUAUGUGAGGAAUGACAGUCUGAGUGCAGUGGUGAUAGCAGACAGCGAGUACCCUCAAAGGGUCGCCUUCACACUACUAGACAAGGUGCUAGAGGAGUUCUCCAGACAAGUGGACAGCAUAGACUGGCCAUCUGGAAGCCCUGAAACCAUCAACUACAAAGCUCUGGACAUCCACCUGGCCAAGUACCAGAACCCCAGAGAGGCAGAUGCUAUGACCAAAGUGCAGGCUGAACUGGACGAGACAAAGAUCAUUCUGCACAACACCAUGGAGUCUCUGUUGGAAAGAGGGGAGAAGCUGGAUGAUCUGGUGCAGAAGUCUGAACACCUGGGGAACCAGUCUAAAGCCUUUUAUAAGACUGCACGGAAGCAGAACUCAUGCUGCGAGGUCAUGUAAUGACUGUGAACUGUCCUCUUAAACACAGCUCUUGGCCUUUCUGCUCAUCCUACAACUCCCAUCAUGCCCCAGCCUCCAGGAGAUAGAAUGGCCUCCGCUCAGUCACUGGGAGGGCACAGAGGCAGUUGAGUGGGGGGGUUGGCAGGGGAAAUUAUUAUAUUUAUUUGCUUCAUUGUAACCUCUCAAAAGGCAUUGAGGUGGUUCAUAGCCAGCCAGGAUGUGGUCCAUCAAUAACGUGUUGUUUGUAUCUUUGGUGGUUUGUUCUUUGAAAAAAGUCUUAAAGCGUUUCCUGAAUUUCAGACUGUAUCAGAAUCUUGUGUUUUGAAGGAGGAGAGAUUAAGUUCUCAUGCUUGGCUUUAAAGCAACCCUGACAAUCUCGCUCUGUUCUAUGUAGUAACUCACAGCUAACUUUAAAACAAGAGAUUUCUGGAACCCAGGAUCUGCUGGUGUUCUCGUAAAGGUCUUGUAGUGUCGUCAUAUUUUAUUUUCCCACUAGAUGGUGCUGUUUCCUCACAUUCGUAGUUCAGGUAUAUUCAGUUACAUAUUUAAAGGGCCUCUGUAUCCUGGAGGAAUUAUAUUAUAUGUAUUGUGAUUUGGGGGAGCAGUGGCUGUUUGUAACUGGGACUGAGACAUCAGAACUCCAUGAUCAAAUUGCUCAUUUCCACAGAAUGUUUUACCGUAGUGAUUUAAUCGUAUUGAAUCAUGUUUUUUUUUUGUGGAGGCAUGUGAAAAAUGUCUGAGUUUUUGAUUGGUAUUGCUCGUGCGGAUGGGCUUGUUAAACUAAAUUGGGUAGCCUGUACUUAGAAAGCAGUGUGUAGGGAUGUCUAUAGACUCGUCUUAUUGAGCCUUAUUGAAUUAUGGGUUACAUUGAAGUCCUGCUGUGUAUGUGGUAUGAAAGGCAGGUCUUGCAGUGUCCUACUGGAGUUACGCUGUAAUCCCUCCAAAGCUUUUUAAAAUGUUGUGUUUCACAGAGUAGGCUAAAAAAAAGUGUUUGUUGUCCGGACCAUUGAUGUAUAUAAAAACUGGAUUGUUGACACUAUGUAUUGACUAUUGAGAGGUUUUGAAGCCACUGGUUGGCCAUAUUGGUACUCCCCAGUAGGAAUAGUCCUCCAUAGGAAUUAUUGAAAUUCUACAGUAUUUCAAUUACAUUUUUCAAGGACAAAGUUACAUAUAUUGAAAUGUUUUUGUUGUAAGAUUAGUAAUCUCUAAAAAAUGAUACUUUAAAGAAAUGUUUGUUUUUUUUCAUUUUGUAUUUUUAUGUUUUGCUCACAUAAUUUAAAAGUAUGCAUUUAAGGUGUCUGUAGUAGAAUAAAUGCGGCAAAAACAAAUGUAGACAUUAAUAAAUUAAUUUCUAUAGAUUCCAAAAUAUUUUUUAUAAUGCUGGGUGGGGAGUGCCAAGAUGGAGACAUGCUGGCUUUAACACAGUGCCCCCUAUUAGUCAUGUAGUGUUUAUCUAAAUCAUUGGUCUGUCUGGAUGCAGUCUUAAGACGGCUCUCACAAUGAAUCAGCCAUCACCCACCCACCAAUGGGUUCUGAUCAUAGAGCUAGAUAUAGGACACCUUUUUUAGCUGUGCCAUUAUAGAGCAUGUCACAGCAUAGGCAGCGCCACUGAGGCUGCAACCCGUAGGAAUACUCACCCAGUUGACUAUUUUAAAAUGGCGGAAGUAUGGUGGAAGCCCUCAAUGACGCUGCCAAUGCUAAAAUUGCAUUUUGGCCACUAGAGGCCUUCAUCAUUCUCUAUAGUUAUGAGAGGUAAUUUAUGCUUGAUCAGAAAGUGUGGUCGGAAACUCCGUAUGGAGGUGUGACAUAAUUGCAGAGCAUCCGGAGGCACGCUGAGGCCAAAUUGAGUCCUGUACCACGUUGCUGUGGGCCUCCCAAAUGUUUGAACAAUGUGAAGGGGAUUGAGGUGGCAGGUAGCCUAGUGGUUAGAGUGUUGGACCAGUAACUGAAAGGUUGCUAGAUUGAAUCCCUGAGCUGACAAGGUAAAAAGCUUUUGUUCUGCGCCUGAACAAGGCAGUUAACCACUGUUCCUAGGCCGUCAUUGUAAAUAAGAAUUUGUUCUUAACUGACUUGCCUAGUUCAAUAAGAAUAUCUCUGCAUUGACAUGAUUGGUUGAUGCUAGGUAGUGAUGGAGGUCCUGUAUAAACACAAACUCACUUCUUUCACAACCGCUCUGUGAAGCGCAAGUCUGAAUUGCAAGGUUUCUGCAGAGGCUGUAUCACUGUAAAUGCUGCAUGGCCUUUACAGAUGACGGAUUGACCAUGCAGCGCCUUUUAAGCUCUGACCCGUUAUAAGCGUACUUGCUCAGCUGUUACAUUGUUGCAACUUGAUUGACGAGGGACUAUUUGUAAAGAUCAGUAUAGAACAGACAAGAUUCCCCUUUCAGCAUAACAUAGGUGUGUUCAACAAACAUUUCUAUCAAAGAAUUCUGUUUCUUUUAACUGGCUCAGUUUUGUGUGAAAAACACACUCCUCACAAGCCAACAUCCCAGAUAACACUCCUUGUAAUCAGCACCGUAACACUUAUUUGGCUUUGGAUGGUUUUUCAUUGUGUUCCCAGACUUCAGAGGACGAGUUGUUGGACAAUGCGAGAUGGAGAGAGGCCUUUGAUAUUUUAGAUGUAGUUUAUCUUGCUGCUUUGUUUUGUGUCUUAUGACCUGAUUGUGUGUGUGUGUUUGUGAACGUCUGUGUGCAAAUACAUAAUUAGUCUGUGACCUGAACUGCUCUUAUUGCUUUAUGGCACAACUUCUGUGUAACUUGUAGAAGCUGACUACCCUCUCCAUAAUGUUCGAUGUGGGGCAAACAGAUAGUUAACUUGACACCAGUGUUUCCAAUGAAGGACACUUUGAUGACUCUUGUACACUUAUGAUCAACUCCCCAAAUGAAGUAAGCCAUGGGUGAACAAAAAAACAUUUUCUCUGAGGAAUUUUGUUCUGUAAAUGUUUAAGUUGUGCUGAAAACUUAAAUACUGUUACAAAUGCUAUUAAAGUUAAGCUGUAGCUAUUUAGUGAUUUGUUUCUCCACUUUAAAUAUCAUGUCUUAAUUAGGAGAGAGAUGUUCUGUAAUUUAUUUAGUUAAAUAGCACAUCAUGGAAUUGGAAGCAAACAUUGAAGAUGUUGUAUUAAUACAUAUUUUGGACAUUUAUUUAGCUGAAACACUGUUUACAGAAGUUGUAAUAUUGCCUAGAUAAAAAACAAAAGGCCUUGAACAGAUGUGUCCUGUAAAUUCAUUGUUUUAAAGUGUAGUGUUAUAACCAACCUGUGGGAAUCAUUUUGUAAUAAACCAAUCAAGCAAACCACCUAGACAAGAUAUAUCAACUAAUAGUAAUGGUAAUCAUGAUAGUAUAUUUAAAACCAAAUACUUUUAGACUUUUACUCAAGUAGUAUUCUACUGGGUGACUUUCACUUUUACUCAAGUAUGACAAUUGGGUAGUUUUUCCACCCGUGUGGAUAGGGUACGCCUAUUAAUACAACAACUAGAGAAACAGAAAUGAUUAAAUUAUUUGUACACAUCACAAUAGGUAUUUUUAUCAGACGAAUCAAGGCUGUACGUCCCAUGAACCCUACUCUCUCCGCCCUCCUGAAGAUCGCAGUCAGCUGAUGUAAAGUGUGUUGUGAAAGUUCGCUGGUGGAGCAAAGCUACGAAGCGACAGAGGGUUUCCUGGUGAGCUCGCAACCGACCAGCGGCGAACGAGAGGAGCGUCAUCACUCCCUUUAAUUUCACAACACACGCGUGCAAAAAUGUGGACGGAGGUGAAAAACCAGACCAAAAUUGUAUUUAGCGAUGGAAACACCUCGGAGAGAGCUGUUCCAAUGCACACAUGGGUCCUCGCUUCAUAUGAACAGCGCAAUGGUGAGUGUGUAUCAGUCAGGUUUGGGGUCAAUUUAAUUAAAAUUCCAGUCAAUUCAGAAGGUAAACCACAUUUAAAUUCCAAUUUGUCCUAAUUGAAAAGCUUUGACGAGACUUGGAAUUUCAGUGUACUUCCUGAAUUGACUAGAAUUGGGACCAGGUGCGGUGUCAAUCUCCAACACACACAGUAGAAAUGUGCAUGACCCGCCCACUUUGGAAACUGUCCCUUUCAGCUAUCUAUUUCCUGUGUCUGAGGGGUCCACAAAAUCCACUUGUCACUUAAAUAUUGCUGGCUUGAUUGCUUACGUUUUACUCCUGCGACUCAUUCCUACUCUUAUUGUGUCUAAUUCUUUUUAAACGUUAUGAUCGCGUGAAUGUUUGUAGGGACCUGUCGAACACCCUGGUAAUGGCUGAAAUGGGCUCAGUGGAAAACAUUGGUUUUCCAUUGCAUCUAUAAAAAACGCUAAGUCUUUGUCUGGGAUUUAACACAUCUUCUCGACACUUACAUCACAAGAAAGAUAACUUUAUUUUGUUUGGUGUUCAUUUUUUUGUGGAAUUUAAAUUAAUUUAAUACAUUUUGAAAUGAAAGUAACUUCCGAAAAUAAACACUUGGAUUAUAUUUAUAUGUCUGAUCCCACAAAUAAUUUAAAGUACGUAUAGAUGGGUAUAAUCUAGAGCCAAGCGUGUUGAUUUUAAAUCUGAGGGUAUCCUGCUAUUGAAACACAUGUUGAAUUAUGCAAGAGAACAGGACAACAGUCAUUUAAUGCAGUCAAGACGGCACAGGUGAGUGCAGGUGGGCCACGACACAGCAGGUGAGUGCAGGUGGGCCACGACACAGCAGGUGAGUGCAGGUGGGCCACGACACAGCAGGUGAGUGCAGGUGGGCCACGACACAGCAGGUGAGUGCAGGUGGGCCACGACACAGCAGGUGAGUGCAGGUGGGCCACGACACAGCAGGUGAGUGCAGGUGGGCCACGACACAGCAGGUGAGUGCAGGUGGGCCACGACACAGCAGGUGAGUGCAGGUGGGCCACGACACAGCAGGUGAGUGCAGGUGGGCCACGACACAGCAGGUGAGUGCAGGUGGGCCACGACACAGCAGGUGAGUGCAGGUGGGCCACGACACAGCAGGUGAGUGCAGGUGGGCCACGACACAGCAGGUGAGUGCAGGUGGGCCACGACACAGCAGGUGAGUGCAGGUGGGCCACGACACAGCAGGUGAGUGCAGGUGGGCCUAGAAGACAGAGUGUGUUUUUGGUGGUUACAGCCCUGUUCCACUCAUUUAUGUUAAUGUAUACAUAUAUGCAAAGUAAUUUAGCCAUAUGCAAAUUAGGCACACACAAUUAAACAAAAUAUGGCAUUUUAAAUUGAAUAACUGAAUUCCCACAAAUCCCUGAAUUCAUUAUUUGUCCGUGCCAGUAAAAUGUUUCAUGUGCUAUAAUUCUGUCAAUAUCUAAGGGAUUUUACCAAUUCUAAAAGUUCGGGGUAUCUUCAUCCCUUGUCCAACUGAUACAUUUAUUAGAAACAAACAAACAACCUUUUAACAAUUUUGAUGACAGUUGCUACACACAGCAAAUCUCAUUCAAGAGUUGUUUUUUUUAAGAGUCAACGGCCAUCCCUCGCCCCUCAUACACAGAAGACCCCCAGGCCAGAGGCAGUGGCAUCAUCCCAGGAGCCAUUGCAGCUGCAGUAUUCAUUGGUUUCGUAUUGGGUCUCUAUGCAGUUCUGUGGAAGUGUAUGGUCUCACCACCCCAAAGGAAGAAGAGGAGGGUGAGGGUUCGAGACAAGAGGAGCCAAGUAUGCUGACUGACAAUCAGGAUCUCAUCUAGGCCAUCUGGCCAGAGGAUCCAAUGGAUCCAACUCCUGCAUCAAACGAACCCGAAAAGAUCCACUCAUACUGACUUGAGUCUCUCAUCAGGAUGUUCCUGGACAUCAGAGAGGAAAUGGAGAUUCAGAAACAUUUGCAUGGAGCUAGGGGAUGGCAUAAUUAUGGAUCUAGCUUAUCAUGGUCAGAGGAUGGACCGGAAUCUAAGGAUCCGGUCAAAUGGAUCUAAAAGGAUCUUCUAAAUUGCCUUAAGAGGAUCCACUCAAAUGGCUAAUGGAUCCAACUGAAAUGCAUCAGAGAGCAUGAACAAACAAUCCAAAUCAGUUAAGCUGGGGUCUGCAGACCCAUCAAACUUGUAAACAUUUUUGUAUGUAAAAAAAAAAUCUGAAUAUUACUAACCGGUCAAACACAUUUUUGCCAAGAGAUCUGUUGAAUUAGUUUAGAGUGUAAAUACAAUAAAAUGUCAUAUUAUUAAUAUACAAUUUAUGUUCUUAAACCCUGGACAACGUGGGCCUGGGAGGCUCACAGGGAUAUUGGCAUCUACACUACUCACCAAUUUAUAUAUUUUUCAACUCAAUAACCCAUAAUGUGUGUAUUUUAAACUGCAGUUUUCUUUCCGUCUCAUGGGAAAAUGUGUAGAAUUGCAGAAUAUUAGUGCUAAAGCUGCAACAACACAAACUCUUUGCCCCAUGACAAAAUAUCUCAAGAGGCUGGCCUUUUAAAAUGUUCCUCCCCAGGACCGAGCCUUGGUUCGUCCGGUCAUACACUGAAGUCAUAGUAAAACACCGUGUAUGCUAUUUUUCUCACUCGAGUUGUUCUGAUUGAGGGGGUCCCUUUAUAUAUUUGCUAUCACAAGAGGUGCCGGACCCCAAUAGUUUGAGAGAGCCUGAUUUAAAUGAUUCUAGGAUCUACUGUAUGCCACAGUGCUAUGCCUGCGUGAGAUGCUGACUUUAACUGAAGCGUAGCUAUACUGUUGUCUGCGGGUCACUGACAGUUGACAGUGAAAUCUGUACUACUGAGGAAGGAGGCAGCACAGGUCACUGUUCUUCCUAUCGGUCAACAAGCCUACUGGCCUGGCAAACAUGUGGGUAUGUUUUUUUCUCUCUCUGGGUGAAAAUGUGUGUAGAUUUUGAUUAGGUUUGACUACAUGUGUUGCAAAGGAAAGUGAUAAUGAAUGGGAAAUUUGCUAAUACUUCAUAUAUUUGGUUGUGCAUGUGAUAUGAUGGCUUUAGGUGAAUGAUUGAGCUGGAGUUAAUGGCCUUAUGAUAUCCAGGUUUUGUCAUGUUACUUUUCCUCAGGAUGUGACUUACUGUUCCUUUCAUUAAACUGUGAUUUGUGUUCUUGUA